UCAUGCUGCUGCCAAGUCCAGAGUCUCUCAUGGGUCCCUGUACGGCCUCCCAUUGCUGCUGUCUCCAUCGCCACACUCUGCUGCCAUGUGCCACUUUCAGGUCUCUUCACACUGCUGGUGUGUUAAAUUUUUUGACAUAGGGUGCAGGCAGAUUACGGGCCUCACCAUAGCUGCUGCCAGGCCCCUAAUCUGCCAUGGGCCCCUAUAUACCGCCUCCUCAUGCUGCUGCCAAGUCCAGAGUCUCUCAUGGGUCCCUGUACGGCCUCCCAUUGCUGCUGUCUCCAUCGCCACACUCUGCUGCCAUGUGCCACUUUCAGGUCUCUUCACACUGCUGGUGUGUUAAUUUUUUGAC